AUGUACCAUACUCUUGUUGAAUGCUCCAGACCAUUGGGAACCAUGAGCUUGAGUGAACUUUGGAAUUCUGUUGAGGGAAAAUUCAAAGCUGCUGAAAUUGACGGCUCUUUGAUCUUCCAGGGUGACGGCGCACAACAUGAGAGAAUUCUGGAAACCAGUGAAUCUUCCAAAUAUGAAUUCCAAAUUACGGUAUUACCCAACCUUCAGCACCGACCUGAAUCGGGCACAGUUCAAAAAAAUCCUUUUGCUAAACCUGAACCAGAAUUAACCAUCAUUAACUCUUUCGGAGAUUCAGACGAAUUUAGGCUAUUGUUGAAUAAGUUUCCCGUCUCCCGAAACCAUUUUAUGAUGGUGACCAAAGAAUUUAAGUCACAAAACACCCCAUUGACACCCUCAGAGCUCUUGGCAACGUAUCAGAUCGUUGACGCUUUGAAGACACAGGACAAAGAAUCACGUUGGUUUGCUUUUUACAAUUGCGGACCUAAUAGUGGCGCUUCCCAACCACAUAAACAUGUUCAGUUCUUGACGCUUCCUGAAGGCAAUGUGGAUUUUAAUCUUGAAGUAGCGAGAGGUACAGAGUUUUUCAUCCCGGAUCAAAACCGUGAACCCUUACAGGACCCCAGCUUACCAUAUGCUCAUUUUAUAGUCCCUCUUCCGGAGCGGCCCGGAGUGGAUGCUGAGGUUUUGGCUAUGUUGUUUGCAUCUCUUCUUCAAAGAACAUUGACCACACUACAAAAAAAUCAGAUCGAGACCAUUAGCUACAACUUCUGCUUGACAUCGCAGUAUAUGAUGAUGAUUCCAAGAUCUCAAGGCAAGUUUGACGAUGUCAUUGGCAUAAACUCUUGCGGUUAUAUGGGUAUGAUACUAUGCAAGGACCAAGCAGUUUACGAGGGGUCAAACUGA